AUGGACCCAUCCAUUUCUUCGGCGUUCGUGGAUAACCACACGGAGAACAACAAUCCUUCCACAACACCUACUCCCAUCCAUUUCACUUCCAAUAAUAAUAAUAAUAAUAACAAUAAUAAUAACAAUAAUAAUAACAAUACUAAUAACAACAACAACAGUACAAACACCACAUCAACUCCUUCCAUCUUUUCAAGUUUCAAAUUAAAAAGACAAUCCACCAACCAGAUACCCUCUCAUUCAUCACUCAUUCAUCUUGAAGGUUAUCUCUCUAAACAAGGUAAAAUUGUCAAGAAUUGGAAACAACGAUACUUUUCAUUUCAUGAUCAACAUAUACUCUCCUAUUACACAAAACAAGAUAAAAAGAAAGAAAAAGGAUCACUUGAUAUCAAUAAUGCCAUCAUUGUGGAAUGUUUUUCAGAAUUUAAAAAUGAAUAUAAUAUUUUCAAAAUUGUCACGAAAAAGAGAGUGUUAAUUGUCAAAGCUCAAAGUAGUGAUGAAAUGUUUCAAUGGAUUGACAAGAUGAGAGAAGUGAAUGAAACUAUUCGAUUUUUAGAUGUAUUACCAACACAAGAUACAACAAGUGGGAAACUAUUUGUUGGUCCAAAUGAUACGUUCGAAAAUCAUGAGGAUGAUGAAGAGGAUGAAGAGGAUGAUGACGAUCAAGACAAUGAUGAUGACGAUGAGGACGACGACGACGAUGAAAGACUCACUGAUGAUAAUUUAUCUUCAACAUCGACACUCAUUUCUAAUCAUCAAAACUUGCAAGAACAGGUCCAUACGACACCUUCCAAUACUCUUGCCACGACUGCCACGACUACUACUAGUAGUAGGAUGGAUCCAUCGACAAGUGGUGGUCAAAUCAACUUGUCUUCACUUCAAAAAAAGGUUCAACAACAUGACGACGAUGAUGACGAAGAUGUUGUCGAUAUGAAUGUAUUGAAAGAUAAAUCUCUAGCACAAGAAGAAUUGUAUUAUCUCAAUCAUCGAAUGAUUAAUGAGAGGUAUGAAGAUGAAGAUGCAUGGAGUGGUGGUAUUGGUCGUAGUGGUCAUCCUGUUGAUGAUGAAGAUGAUGUCAAGGUGGUUGUCAAAUCACUUUUCAAGAAAGGUCCAACAAGUCUUAGGAGUGGUGGUUUGAGUGGUGGUGGUUCGAGUAGUGGUAGUUUGGGUCAUUCAUUAAGAAAAGGUCCAACAAGUAACAACAACAAGAAACCUAUAUCCUCUCCAUCCUCUCAAUCAUUCUCUCAACAACAACAACAACCAUCACAAGACAUGGUCAUUGAUGAUAUUACUUCUUAUUUUAUUAUGAGUACUGAAAAGUCAUUCAAACAAGAAGAGAUGGAUCAGCAACAGCAACAUGAUCAUUCAUUGAAUUCUUUCCCUAAUCACAAUAACCACACUACUACUACUACUACUACUACUACUAAUAAUACUAAUGGAAGUUCUAAAAAGAAAAUUCAACUGGUUCCUCCCAUUGAAAAACAAAAUCCAUUGGAUCGAGCCUUUAGAGACAUUCAUGUCAUUCCACCUCAUCAUGAUGAUCAUCAUCGUGAGGAGUCACUUCAUCUCAUACAAAUCAAACAAAAUUAUCAAGAAAAUAUCAAACAACGAGUGUUGAAUGAAUAUUAUACAAGUAUUGCAAUGGAACAAGAGAUUCAUCCAACGACGAGCACUAGUCAUGCCAUGUAUGUCUCUCACUCAACAACAUUUGAUUCUUCCAUUCAUGAUCAUGGUCAUGACGAUGAUGAUCAUGGUGCAACUUUAUCCGAUCACCACCCACAUGAAGAUUUUAGGAAGAAUGGUGGUGUCAAGAAGGAGUAUCAUGACGACUAUGAUGAUGACGAUGAAAAAGAUUGGCUCAUGAGAAAAUCAGCACCUAGUUCCAAUAGUAAUGGACAUGCCUUGUAUUUUCAUCAUCCAUCCUUCAGAGAAUAUUCACAUUCAAGUGGAAUGAUGAAAAUUAUUCUAUUACUCGUGAGUGUCAUUGUUAUGAAAUUUCUCUCGACACGAUUUCUCAUUUCAAACAUGAGUGUGGGAACUUUACCAGUCAUUGAUAAUGAUUCAUCCUUUCUCUAUCUAUGUGUAGUCAUGUUGAGUGUUAUUUUAGAAUUAAUGUUUUUAUAUCCCAUUCUACAAUAUUUAUUCAUGGAAAUUACUAAUUGUAGAAUGAAUAUUUUUAGAUUUUACUAUUAUAGACUAGACCUACGAUCAGAGUUCUUUCAUGAUAUUGAUAGUAGUAGUGGUACUAGUGGUAGUGGUGGUAGUACUAGUAGUAGUAAUAGUGGAAUAUUGAGUGGUAAAUUUAUACUAUUAUCUCUCUUCAUACUCUUUCUAUCAAGUUGUAUUCAAUAUGGAGCAUGUUAUGGAUUUGUACAUUUAUUGUAUCGUGGUGUUGAUUCGAUGAGUGUUAUUGGUACUCAAAGACCUAUCAUUGCUGUUGGAAGUCUCGUUCAAUGGACCAAAACCAUCAUCCAUCCAGUGGUCGUGAUGAAUGAUUCGAAUGAUUUGUACCUCAAUUCAAUCACCUCAACGACCACCAUUCCACUUUCCAACAUUCCACUCUAUUUCACUCUCUUCUAUAACAUUGGAAAUGUAUUUUUAUAUAAUGCAUUAUGUGUAUGUCUUUGUAUAUUCAUUACAUUCUAUCAAUUGGUGAAUGUAUACAUUACAGUCAUGAGUGGAGUGUUUGUUUAUUUAAUUUUCAUUGCAUUGACCAGUGUGCCAAUCACUCAAUCCUUAAUAUUACCUUCAUUCAUGAAUUCCAUUUAUUAUUGGAUUUCAUUGGUGUGUGGAGUGAGUUAUUUGAUACCAUUCAUCAUGAUGGCUGUAUUAUUUUUAUUGAAACAAUUAUUUUCCUAUUGCUCGAGUUUUUUCAGUAGUAGUAGUACUAGUAGUAGUAGUAUUAGUGGUAGCAGUAGUAGUAGUAGUAUCAAUAUUUUUUCUGCUGACUUGUAUCGUCUCUUGUUCCAAUGGGAUUCCUUGAUAUUGAAACGUUUUUUUGGAUAUUAUGGAAAUUUAUUUAUUUAUACUGUAUUACCUCUAUCGAUUUAUUUGAUGAAUAUUGGAGUGAUUAGUAGUCAUUCAUCUGUGACUACCUCUACCACUACCACCACUACUACCACUACUACCUCUACCUCUACCACACAAGUGGACAAUGAAAAGACCUUCUUUUCUAAAGGUGAAUUUAUUGCCUAUUGUAUGGUAUUGUCGUAUAAUUUCAUUUAUAUCAAAAUUGGUUGUACUUGCAAUGCCAUUCUAUGUCUCUAUAAUAGAAAAUGUAUCAAUCGAUUGAAUUAUAGAAAUUUAAUCAUUCUCAAUAUUAAGGCUCUAUUCGUAUUAUUCAUCAUCACAUUGAUCUUUAUUGGAAUGUAUUUAUUGACUGAUAUUUCAAAUAUUAUUCUUGAUAGCAUGUAUUUAACACCACAAUCACUCCUUGUCAUGAAUACAGAACAGAAUAUUCAAACAUUUUGGAUUGUCUCGAUUGUGAGCAGUGUGUGUUAUGUGGUCAUGAAUUUGUAUCAAUUACUCAUUGUGACUAGUCAUAAUAAUAUUGGUGGUAAUAGUCAUAGUAAUAGUCAUAGUAGUAAUAGUUAUAGUAGUAGUAAUAGUCAUCAUCAUCAUCAUAGCAAUAGUUUUAGUGAAAAUAAUGACUCAUCGUUGACCAAUUGGACAUUGGGCACAUCAUGGUCCAUCGUUAUUAUGGAUUCUAUACCUCUGUAUGUGACAUUGGCAUUGAAUUUCCUCAUUUCCAUACCAGCAUGUUUAAUUUGUUUACUAGUGCCAUCCAUUCGAUCUAUUUAUGGAACCUUUAUUGUUCAAAUGAGUGUGUAUGCAUUGUGUGCAACAUGUUAUAUCAUUUAUUACUAUGUCAAAGUAUUGAAUAUUGAUUUCAAGAGAGAAUAUCAUACCAUGAUAGCACACAUGUUACACAAGAGAUAUGAAGAAGAAGAGGUUUAUCGAUCUGGAAAAGGUCAGAAUUCUGGUAUGAACAAUAAUCAUUUGGAUUUUAUUGAAUCUCAAACUUUAUCGAAUGAGUGA